CACCCAUACCCAUACACACACAGACUGCCAAGUGAGUGGAGAGUUUCACCAAGAGGGACAGAUCUCAGCUGUCGGUGUGUGUCUUGUGUAACCAUAUCUACAACUGUACAAUCUGUACACUGUAAAAACCAAACAACAACAAAAGCAAAAUAUAGAGAGUCUAUAAGGGUUUAAUGUUCACCAGGCAUGGAUUAUGGAAAAGCAGAAACGCUUUUUAAAGAACAGCAGCUGAAGGAUCAAUUUGAUAACUUGGAGAAGCACACUCAGUGGGGUAUAGAUUUUGUGGAGCGCUACACCAAAUUUGUCAAAGAGCGAUCGGAGAUCGAGCUCAACUAUGCAAAGCAGAUCAGAAAUUUGUCUAAGAAGUAUCAACCCAAGAAGAACUCCAGAGAAGAAGAAGAGGCCAAAUACACGUGGUGCCGUGCGUUCCUGGCAUCUCUGAAUGAGCUGAAUGACUACGCCGGCCAGCACGAGCUCGUCGCCGAGAACAUGACAUCACAGAUCAUCACUGAGCUCACGCGAUACACACAGGACCUCAAAGCAGAAAGAAAAUCUCAUUUCCAUGAGGGACGGAAAGCUCAACAGCACAUUGAGAACAGCUGGAAACAACUGGAACAGUGUAAGCGGAAUUUUGAGCGAGCUUGUAAAGAGGCAGAUCGAGCACAGCAAUAUUUUGAGAAAAUGGAUGCUGACAUCAACGUGACAAAAGCAGAUGUUGAGAAGGCCAGACAACAGGCUCAGUUUCGACACCAGUUGGCAACCGACAGUAAGAAUGAAUAUUCCAACUACCUGCAGAAAUUUAACCAGGAACAAACUGAACAUUACCACACACUCAUCCCUAAUAUCUUUCAGAGAAUCCAGGAAAUGGAGGAGAGAAGGAUCGACAGGGUGGGUGAGUCCAUGAAGACCUUUGCAGAGCUGGACAGACAGAUUCUGCCCAUUGUAGGGAAAUGCCUUGAUGGUAUAACCAAAUCAGCCGAGAGCAUCGAGGCCAAGACUGACUCAGCCCAGGUGGUGGAGUCGUACAAAUCAGGGUUUGAGCCACCAGGUGAUGUGGAGUUUGAAGACUAUGGACAGGCAAUGAAGAGGACCGUAUCAGAGACCAGCCUGACCAUCUCACGCCCCGAUGUUAAGACAGAAAAACCAGGCAAAAGCAAGAGCAAACUCUGGCCCUUCAAGAAGAACAAGCUUAUGUCCCUAUUAACAUCCCCUGACUCACGCCACCCCCCUCCAGAACCCCCCUCACCUUCUACUGUGACCCUUGACCCCUGCCCCACCCCUCAGAGCCCCAAACCACCCAAGGAGGCCCUCUCGCAUCGCUUCAAUGACAUCAUCACCUCCAAGCCCAAAAUUCACUGCCUUCGGAGUCUGCGUCGUGGGCUCUCUCUCAAGCUGAUCUCACUCAAUGCCCACGUGCGGAACCUUAUGGAGGGUGCAAAUCCAGAGGACUUCAGUCAUUUGCCCCCAGAACAGAGGAGGAAGAAACUACAAGCAAAGAUUGACGACAUUAAUAAAGACAUACAGAAAGAGUUGGACCAGAAAGAUGCAUUGACUAAAAUGAAGGAUGUGUAUGUGAAGAACCCCCAGAUGGGGGACCCGAGCAGCGUGGAUCCACGACUCGCAGAGAUCGGCCAUCACGUGGAUAAACUACAGGCCGAGCUUCAGAAGUUUGAGGGCUGGCUAGCUGAAGUGGAGGGCAGGAUGCCUGUAAGAAGUGAAUCGACUCAGAGACAAAGUGUUGUGUAUGAAACUCAAAACAGUACAACAACGGCCAACAACAACUGUGCUCAGGACCGUGAAAGCAGCCCAGAUGGUAGCUACACUGAGGAACAGAGCUCUGAGGUCCCGACAAAGGCUCAGACUGAUCCCGAGUUUGACGAGUUUGAUGAUGCUGAGGAAGAAAUUCUACCCACCAUCGGAACCUGCAAAGCACUCUACCCGUUUGAAGGAAAUAACGAGGGCACGCUGGCGUUAGCUGAAGGAGAGGUGCUCUUUGUGAUCGAGGAGGAUAAAGGUGACGGAUGGACGCGUGUGCGGAGGAACGAGGAAGAAGAGGGUUACGUUCCGACAUCCUACGUUGAGGUCUUCCUCGACUCUAAUGCCAAAGAUUCCUAACCGAGAGAAGAGGGCACGGGGCAAGUGACUGCAUAUACAGGAUGCAUAAACACCACUCUUUACCAAAAUGGAAAGUGUGAAUCAGUGAUGAUGAUGACGACGACGAUGAUGAUGACGACGACGACGAUGAUGAUGAUGGACAAAUUAAGUUGGAAGAAAGAAAUGCACAGGAGCCUUUACUGCAGACAGUAACCGAACCAUGCCCAUGCUACCAAUCAGACAUAAAAAAGUAAUUUCACCGUUAAUGAGGCUACAUGUAAAAAUAUUGCUUUUUUGCUAUGCAGCUUACUAGCAACUGCAGUUGUAAUUCUGUUCAUCACAACCUAGCAUUUGUUUAUGUCCAUUAAGACAGAGAUAGAAAGACAGAGAUAGACAGCAUAUAUUACACAUGGGCACAGAUAAAACAUUAGCUUUGAUAAUAAUAGUCUUGUAUAGUUAUUCUCAUUUUUUCAUGCCUUUCAAUUUAGUUCUGUUCAACAUUCAGCUUUUUUUUUUUUUUAAAGCACAUUUCACACAGUUAACAAGAGGGUGUAUGUCUGCAGGAUUGGACAAAUAGGCCUAUUUUAUAUGCAUUUUGAGUUUUUGUGUUUUUACAAUCAGGCCCUCUAGGGAAAACUCAUACUGGCUUAUUUGCACCAAUGUAUUACACCAAGAGAAUUAUUUGGUUUGUCUUUUUUAUAACAAGCACUGAAUAUUGUUGCUUCAUUAGCCAGUAUGAAGUUAUUAGGGGUUGCAUAGACUAGUCAAGUUAUACAUUCACAAGUCACAAUAGUGGAUGUUGACAAGACAGGGCAGUUAUAAUAAAGAAAGGGGAGUGUUAAUAAUAAGAAAGAAAGUGUUUUUUGUUAUUCUGGAGAAAAAAAAGCCCAUUCUACAGUUAAGUUGCCUGUUGUCUAAGACUGCUUUAGUGGAAUAUUAUUGCUUUCGUAUCGCUUCAUGGGGAAAAUUAUAAAGAUAUUUAAAUCACAUGCACACAGGUAUUUUUGUUGUCCUUUAAAGGUAAAUAAAGAUUAAAUAAAAUCCUC